AUGGCCCUGAGCGAUGUGGACGUGCAGAAGCAGAUUAAGCACAUGAUGGCUUUCAUCGAGCAGGAGGCCAACGAGAAGGCAGAAGAAAUAGACGCCAAGGCCGAGGAAGAGUUCAACAUCGAGAAAGGACGCCUUGUGCAGACGCAGAGACUGAAGAUUCUGGAGUAUUAUGAGAAGAAGGAGAAGCAGAUAGAACAGCAGAAGAAAAUCCAGAUGUCCACCGUGAGAAAUCAGGCGAGGCUAACAGUCCUGAGGGCCCGGGACGACCUCAUCACGGACUUGCUAAAGGAAGCCAAGCAGCGGCUCAGCAGGAUAGUGAUGGAUGUGCAGGUCUACCAGGGGCUGCUGGAGAAGCUGCUGCUGCAGAGCCUGUUCCGGCUGCUCGAGCCCCGCGUGCUGGUGCGCUGUCGCCCACAGGACGUCUUUCUGCUACAGGGUGCCCUGCCAAGAGCCAUCUCUGAGUACAUGAAGGCCACCCACAAAACCGUGGAGAUCCACAUUGAUCGAGAGGUGCACCUGCCUGGAGACUCCGCCGGAGGCGUGGAGGCCUACAGUGACGGCCAGAAAAUCAAGGUCUCCAACACCCUGGAAAGCCGACUGGAUCUCUUAGCCCAGCAGAGGAUGCCGGAGAUACGAAAGGCCUUGUUUGGAGCUAAUGCUAACAGGAGGUUUUUCACCUAAGCCCCUGGGAAGGGGUGCUCGCAUUCAAGUGCGGAGCCAUCCAAGAAUCAGUUGUUUGAGCAAAGGAAAGGAGUUGCGUGCCCUGCCCCUUGGAUGCUCUGAUAUUUGUUCUGUCUGUCUGCGUGGAAUGCCCCUGGCCUAGUGAACAGCAUUAUCAAGAGUUGAUUUUGGAAUAAAGCCCCGAUGAAUGCUCUGA